CCCUCGACCACCCCACUCUGACUUCAACCACCACAUCGACGGUCAACAAGCAAAAACAACAAGAAAAACAUCCUACUCACUUAUCAUCAUGAUCGAAACACCUCGCAAACGCACCUUUGGGUCCAUCCAUUCAUCGUCCAGUCCUAACUCAUCAUCCACUCGACAACGAGAUCAAGACAACCCAUGGUUCAGGGAUCCAAGCCAGCAAGAUAAGAAAGAGUACAAGGCCAGGAAGAACGAACACACCUCCUCACCACGAUCCCGUCCAUCUCAUCAUCGAGUACGAUCUCCUCCGCCCAGUGGAGGAGACCGAUCUAACCAACAAUCCCACGAUGAGAAGGAGCGUGUUCCUACUAAUGGAUCGAGACCUAGUGAUGAAAACCGUGAUUCAACUAUCCGAGGCUUAAAAGAGCCAGGGCCGGCCAAAAAGUCCACCCCUGUACCUUCAGAUGAUACCGUUGAAGAUGGAGAAAUCGCUGAGGGUGCCCCCUCCUCAAACCACUCACCUUCCCCUUCACGGCGGUCUCAAUCUGUGAAAUCUGAUCGCGACCGUCACCGUGACCGAGCACGCGAAUCGGAUCGUGAACGGCUCCGUGAUCUUGACCGCCCCUCCAUCCGUCAUCGUCAGCAUGAUUCCGAUCGGGAUCGUCCUCGGGACCGUCCUCGAGAACGUCGAGUCGACAGUCGUGAACGGGAGUAUGUUCGGGAUUCACAUCGCGAACGAGAACGUCGGAAGGAUCGUGACCGUGAUCACGGCCGAUUCGCUCCUCCUCCCUCAUAUUCAGACCACCAUAGGCGCUCUCCUGAUCGGGAUCGGGAUCAUCCGCGUCGUCGGUUCGCCCAAGAAGAGCGAUCCAGUAGACAUCAUCGGGAAGAUUAUCAUCGACGUAACUCGGAGCGCAGGUCUACGGAUAGCACCCAGCUUACUGGUGACCAUCUUAGAAGGCCAUCGACCUCACAUAACCAUAGUACAAAACAAGAUGAUAAUGAUGAAGACAAAGUUGAUGAUAAUGAUGAGGCGACCGGUGUAGCUGAGCCCACGCCACAGCUGACUGAAGACGAGAUACUAGAACAAGCACGUCGUAAAAGAGCUGAAAUCUUAGCUAAGCAUAAACAGCUGUGCCAGACUGUUAACCCAUCCGAUGUUUUUACUAUGACCACAGAUCCCAGCCUGCGCGUUGUUCAUAACCCCCCUACAGAUCCACCGAAGUCUUCAACCUCCUCAGCCACUUCAAAUCCAAUCCCGACCAAGGCUAACCAUCUCCCCCUUCUACUUGAUCCCACUUCCAAGGUUGCUGACCUCAAUAGUCCUGCCGCUAGAAUGCGGCUUGGAUCAGACACUCCUCAACCAACCCGGAUCGGAUCCGAACAAAGCUCUGAUUCGGCCGCCGGCUCUCCUGAACCGGUUGCAGAAACCAAUUUUGAUUUGACACAAGAUCCUAAUAAUCAAGUGUCGACGACCACUAUCGAUGACGAAGAAUCCGUGGCAGCAAACCAUCCACUGGACCAGCAAACAAUUACUGGUGUAGGUCAUCAGAGCAUCUCAGCUGCUGAUUACAAUCCAGAUGACGAUCGUCGGAUCGACAAUGAACGACAAAACGAAAAACAUGUCAAUGGACACAGACUCGGCGAACAGCCCCCUCCUCCAGACACUCAACCCGGAGGAAACCUUUCCGAACGCGAGGGAGCAAACGGUAUGGACGUAGAUGAGAACGGUGAUGAUGAUGGCGGUGAUGAUGACGAUGAUGAUGACAUGUUUGCGAUUGAUUCUACUGAGAAGAAGGCCAAAAAGAAGAAAGCUACCAACGGGAACAAUCCCAAAAACCCUUUGAACCCAUCUGCUCCAUUUUUACCUGUUAUCAAUCGAGCGGGUACGGAUGCCGAAGUGGUCGAUAAUUUUGAUGACGCCGAUGGUUAUUAUCGCGUCAUAUUGGGUGAGCUACUAGACAAUGGUAGAUACCAUGUCCACGCAAACCUUGGUAAAGGGAUGUUUGCAUCAGUCGUGCGUGCCAAGGAUAUGUCUUCUGCUAAGGAUGGGAUCCAAGGCUCUGGCAGUGAUGUCGCUAUCAAAGUGGUCAGAAGUCAAGAGAGUAUGUUCAAAUCUAGUCAGAAGGAGGCUGGUAUUCUCAAGAAGCUUCAGGAGGCUGAUCCAGCUGGCAAGUACCAUAUCAUCAGACUUGAACGGACGUUCGAGCAUCGAGGCCAUCUUUGUUUAGUAUUUGAAGCCAUGAGUAUGAAUUUGCGAGAAGUGGUUAAGAGGUUUGGCAAGGACGUCGGCAUCAAUCUAAGAGCUGUUAGGGCGUACGCCCAUCAAAUGUUUUUGGCUCUAUCACUCAUGAAAAAAUGCAACAUUAUGCAUGCCGAUUUGAAACCGGAUAACAUCCUGGUCAGUGAGACGAAAUCGGUCCUCAAGGUCUGUGAUCUUGGUUCCGCCUCCGACGUUACCGAAAAUGAAAUCACCCCCUACUUGGUCUCGAGGUUUUAUCGUGCCCCUGAAAUCAUCCUCGGCUUACCAUAUGAUUGUUCCAUUGACAUCUGGUCGAUUGGAUGUACACUGUAUGAACUCUACACCGGUAAAAUCUUGUUUCCUGGCAGAAGCAAUAACCAUCUAUUGUUGCUGAUCAUGGAAUUAAAGGGGAGAUUUAAUUCGAAACUAUUGAAGAAGGCGAAGUUCUCCAAUGUUCACUUUGAUGACGAGAACGGGAACUUCUUGAGUGUCGAAAAGAAUCGGAUCACUGGUACCGAUAUUGUCAAGAGUAUCAAUAUCCCCAACAAGCCCACCCAAGGACUGCAGAGCCGAUUGAUGCCCAAUCAUGUGACCAAGAAGAUGCAAGACGCGGACGUGAAACUGUUGAGUGCGUUCGUCGAUCUCUUGGAGAAGAUUCUCACCUUGGAACCCAGUCGUAGAAUCUCGCCUAAGGAAGCCCUCAAUCAUCCUUUUAUCCGCGGGAUCUGAUCUCUGAGUUCCGUGUUCUUUCUUGAUAUCUUUUGUCCCCCUCUCCCCAGUCUGUCAUUGGCAUCAUCUACCUCUCUCCAUGCAUGCACGCACAAGCAUAUCCAGUUUUGAUCAGCAAAGCUCCCAUUUGACCUUAUCCUUGUAGUUGAAUGACCGGUUGCUUGCUCUAACACUCUCAUUUCCUUCUCCUCCCUCUUUGCUUUGUAACAUCCUCAUUUAACGUUUAAAGCACUAUCAAAAAAAACAUAUAUAUCUUUGAUUCUAAUUAUCAACAACCAAAAAGAAAUCUUUCCUGUCUCUCCUGUCUUGGUUUUACCUGUGUGUACAUCACAGAGCUUGUUUUAGAAUACAUAUAUGAAUAAACAACCAUUAUCGAUCUCAGAACUCUUGUAUAAGCAAGGCUGUCAGUGGCUGAAGACAAGUAGUUCUCACAGAUUUUAUCUUGAUUGAGAUAUCUUCACUCUCCUUACUGUGGCUUUGAAGAGCUUUCAUUGUAUUCUAGAUACAGUUUGACUUAUGAGCAAGCAAUCUCUAUGCAUCUCUGAUUCUUCAAUUAGCCAUGUAUAUAUACAUCUUCAUAUGUGUCUUUCUAGGUUGUGCUUGCUAAAUUAUGGAGGAGACAAUCUGGUUGGAAGCUAUGAAGGACUUUGGGAUAAAACUAUCAAG